AUGGAGCAACAGCAGCAACAACAGCCGCAGCAGCACCCCUAUCUAGACUUUGGCUCGGGAUUCCCGGCACAUUCCCAGCCGCCUCCGCCGCCGCCAAAUCGUCCUGAGUCACCGAGACGUGAUGACCAUGCAGACUCCGGGGUUGAGCAUCGUUCUCAGAUUGAUGGGCGGCAGCAGCAGCACCAACAGGGCAUUAAUAAUGGCAAUGGAAGUGGAGGUGGAGGGUACACUGAUGUGUUUGAUAAUCAGGCCGAUCUGCUCGUAGAUUAUUCCGAGGAUCGGGAACCGAGGAACAAUGGCGGGAAUGGAACGGGGAAUGGGAAUGAGAUUGGGGGGAAUAGUGGCAGCGGUGGUAUCGAUGGAGGUGUGGGAGGGGAUGGUGGGGGAGGUGGGGGUUCGCCUUUGCAGCAUUUCAAUAAGCCUCCCAAUACUCUCGGUCCUGCAUUCGAUCUUGAGCCUCAGCAUCAUAAAGGUGAUCACCAUAGUAUUUCUUCAUCCCCCGUAAAGCAGUACACCCAGCCGAGCCAUAUGAACCCGGCUCAACCGUCACCGCAACAGCAGCAACUAUUGCAGACAUCCCCGACUUCUCGCUUCACUCAGGUGCGUCCGGGAAAAGACCAUUCGUCGCCAGAGCAGUACCACUUCCCAAAGGCUGCUUUACCCCCUCCAAAUCAGUCCCAACCACAAUCGCAAUCAUCGCCGGUGAACCCCUAUUCACAUCCGACUGGUGGACACAGGACGUCGUCAUUCGGUAGUGCCAGCAGUAAUGACCCUCGGCUGCAGCAAGAAUCCUCCCCGAUCCACAACUUCUCAAAGCCGGUUCCGGUUCAGAAGCAAUCCCCCGUGACACACUUCUCGCAGGUGCAAUCCACUCCGUCCUCGUACCAUGAUGAUCCUCUUCCGGGAUUUCGACUCCCACAGUCUACCUCUCCUGCUGCAGCCCCUAAUCAGACACCGGCUUUUAAUCAGCCGUACCCUCGCCCUCCGUUAUCUAAUGCGUCGAAUUCUUCACAACCGCUGUAUUCGAACCACCGGGAAGCGCAGCCUGCUCAGCAUACUACCCCACCAUCGAAGAGCGAACCCACUUCAUCUUUCACGGCUGGCUGGCUGGAUCGCACAAUGGAUCCUGUCCCACCCCCUCCACCAGGGUCUGGCCAACCAAUGACGCAGUCGGAAUCGAUGCGGUCGCUGCAAGAAGGUUCGGUUGUGGAAUCGCGGCAGUCUAAUUAUAAUAGCGUGAAUGCAAGCACGUCUAGCUUGGGACGUCCACCGGUGCUUGGGACUCGCCCUUCACAAGAGUAUGAUCGCCAUCAGCUGCAGCAACAGCAGCAGCAUGGGGGGCAUGACGCUGGAGUUAUUCAGAGACCUACUCCACCUAGUCAACCACCGUCGCAACAAUCUCACGUGUCACAUCAGUCACACAUGUCACAUCACGCUGGGAAUUACAAUUCCCCGUCGUAUGAUGAUAACGCGGGCCGAGACCGAGAGAGGGAGCGAGAGCGGGAAAGAGAAAGAGAACAACCGCCUUACUCACACCACUCUCAGCAGCAGCCGGCUUCGCCACCUUAUCAGGGGAGUGUGUUCAAUUAUCAGCAGCGCUUGCAGCGUCAGGUUCUCACUGGGUCGACGUCACCUCGCGGGAGGACUGGGUAUGGCCCUCCACCUUUACCAUCACAGCCAAUUCAGACUGGUAAAGCCACGAGUCCGCUGAGCUUCCGGGCCGGCGAAGUAUACAAGCCGCCAUCGGCCAAUUCCAGCGGAUUGAAGAUUUCAUCUCCGGUUUCUAGCCAUCAGACCUCAUCGCCUAAUCAGCAGUUUGGCUCACAGGGUGGGAGCCCACAGGAGAGGAGGGUUUCUUUCGGGCAAGGACAGAUGCCCCAGAACAUUAGUCCCUUGCAGAAUCAAAAUAGCCAAGGCGGAUAUAGCAAUCAAACCAGUAGCCCCCAUAACCAGAAUCCACCGUUGAGUUAUUCCAAUUCUCCGCAUGGUUCAAACACAAAUUCCGCGCGACCUAAUCGUGUUAACCCUUAUUCUCCACCGCAAGCGUCUCAUCACCAGCAACAACAGCAGUCACCACUUGAAGCCCUUGAAGCACCCCGUGACGCUCGUGAUAACUCUCGCGAUCGCAAUAGAGAUCGCGGAUCGGAGAUGCGGGACCGUGAACGAGGGUGGGAUUUGGAUGGAGAGCGGGAGAGGGAACGAGAGAGAGAAUGGGAUCGUGAGUCCCGGAAGAACACAGAACUUCCGCCGAUAGAUACACAUGCGCGGCAUCACCGCGAACCUUACCGUCCGCAGCCCCUGCUUACCCCACUUCCUAAUGGCCCUGCUCCCCCGCCUGCACCAUCUUGCCCUCCCCCGGAUACUCCUGGUAGCGAAUUUGGUAGCCCUGGUGCUCCGCCAUAUCUUCGAUCCGGUGGGUAUCGUGGGCUUCUCAACAUAGGGCUUAUGGGGAAAAAGCUGCGUGAUGAUGGUGAUAGUGGGACACCAACUGGCUUUCUUAAGACCCGUGGAGGGAAGAAGGGUUCUGAUGAGCCGCGCGGUUUACGAAGGAGAGUCAAUAGCAGUGGCAGUAGUAACCUGGGGAAGACGGAGAGACCUGGAAGUGCGGAGGAGGAUGACCCAAUUCCGACCGAGUAUAGACCGCAGAAGAGGAUUGACGAAGACGUCGGCGAGGAGAGGGAUGAGAAUGAGGAAGUGAGCAACAGCGUUAGGAAGGGCCUCGGACUGAGGUUCCCGUCAUCCUCCGGUACAUCAUCUCAGCAGCCUAUCGGUAACGGAAUGACGCAGCAACCCCAACAGUCGCAACAACCGCAGUUAGCGCAGAAUACCCAGACCUCUCAGGGCUCGCAAAAGCCUCCUGAGAAGCCCGGUUUCGUUCGAUCCCCACCUACUGGUGGUGCCAUUACCCAGCAGAGGAGCCCGGCGGAGGUUGGUUUGGGUACAUAUCUCUACGCUAAGCCUGUUCCUCCAUCUACUGGGAAUAACCCUGGGACUGCGAAUCCGAGGUUUCCUGGGACGAAUCAUGGCCAUCCUGUCACUUCUCCGUUGGCUAGUGGUAGCCCCGGGAGUGCAACUUCACCGGGUUCGAGUGGUGGUAUUGGAGGAAGUACCCGGGAGAGCGUCAUGAGAGGUCACUGGGUGGACGUGACUGCCGCUGUGGCUAGGCCUGUUCAGCAGCAACAGCAGCAGCAACAGCAGCAACAACAGUCGCAACAACAACCGCAGCAGGAACAGAGGAAGGUUAAUACAGAGGAGAGAUCGUUGCAGCAUGCGCCACCGCAACAAAUGCCUCAGGUGCCGCAGCGUGGUGAUUUCUUUGGAGGAUUUGAUGGCCUCCAGCAGAGGGCACAAACUGGGGGCGUUCCACCAAUGCUCCAGCAGCAGUCUCCGCAACAUGCCCAGCAGCAACAACAACCACCCCCGAUGCCUCCGGCGCUUGUGCCCCAGCAUCAGCAUCAACCCCAGCAGCCGCUUGAGCAUCAACAACCGCCCGAUAUGCAGCAACCGCAACCUGGCCCUUUGCAAGAUUAUGGAGAUUCCGGCGUCUACAAAGCGUUCACACAGAGUUUACAGAAACCUCUUGCGACGGCGCAACCUCAAGCCCAGCGCCGUGUACAGAUUAAGUCCCCGCCUGAACUCAUGGAUGAGCAGAAUGAUGAUGAGGGCACCAACCCUAGCGAGUCGCCAACACCGGAGAUCCCUGCCCUCGGGGGGCGCAUGAAAUUCCCCCCGAGGUCUAAUUCGACGGAGGAGCACUUGUUCCACUCUUUCUCUGAGAUUCUGCCGUCAUUACCGUCUUCACAAGUUCACUCGUUGCUUAAUUUUGCUUUCCACUUGAGUGAGGAUGCGUUGAUUGCGGACAAAGCGGAGAAGUUGAGGAUUAGUGCUUCGAAUACCCCUUCCGAGAGUGGUUGGCGUGCUGUCGAUGACGAGGUUGGUGCCCUGCGUGAGCAGAGAUUGAGAAGGUGGAAGGAGUGGGUGCAAAUGGAGGGGUCCGAGAGGACAAGAGCUAUUGGGUUACCAUCCAAAGGGAAAGAAGAGGAACGCGAAAGGCGCGGAUUGGGGUUGGGUAUGGGGGAAAAUCCUUUUGAUACCGAGACGGAUGAGGAUGACGGCGAAGGUGUUGGAUAUGAGGGCAUGCAGCCUCUGCCGCCACCACCCAGAUUGCCCGAGAUUGAGAAAUUUGAUUUGAAGUCUGCCGGGAUGGAUGCGUUUGGCGGGCAUCGUCACCACCAACCCCAGGGCCAGCGUCGCCAUAAUGAUCACUAUCGUGAGAUGUCCGAGCGCAAAGACGUUCCCCCCGAUGCUCCUAUGCCACCGCAGCAGACACCGUCGCCUACGCCUACUAUUGACCAGGUUGCCAAUGCUCCCAAGGUUGACUUGGAACUCCAGAUGCCCCGUCCUGUUCCUAGUGUUCCUGCUAUUCGAAUUGAUCCAUCUGCUAGAAGACGGUUUGACGACGAUGCUUCUACUGUUGCUUCAGAGGCACAUAGCCGUGGCGGUCAGGAAGAUGCUGUCGGCAAUGCCGGGAAUACUCCAUUCCCUUUCACAUUCCCCAAGGUUGGCAGCGGUGGAAGUUAUGGACCUCAAGAAAUCAGGCCGAUCGACACCAAGGGGUUAAUGGCCAUCAUCUCUGCUUUCAAUCGUGGAAACUCUGCCGCUAAUGGUGGGCCUAGCCCCAGCAGUGGAGAUCCUCCCCCAAGCACCGCUGAUAUCCCACCGUUCUUACACAUGGCUUACGCGGCCUUGGACACAGCGGUCAAUUCCCCUUCUUUGGAUACCUAUCUUUCCGAGGCUCGACGUUCUUUGGAGACUAUGACUUCUAACCGACUUACUGCGUUCAACAGCGAGAGCCAUACCCGGCGUCAUCGCAAUCAAGCACACACUGCUGCGCUUUACAACACUGGCAGAUUUACGUUUGCUGAUAUCGAACGGAUGAGGGAUGAUUUCGAACAGGAGGAGAAGAGAAGGAAGAUGGAAGUAGACAAGGAGAUCUAUCUUAUGUUUGAGAAUGAAUAUGUCGAGGUUGCCUACAAGGACGUCAAGGGGCAAUUAGAAGUGUUGGGUGGAAAAUGGUAUGAAGAGGUUAAAGUGUGGCUUUUCAAUGCUUCUACAGCUGCCUCUUCUGGAGGACGAAAUAGCGAUGACGGGAACACUGCUGUUGGCACAGGGUCUGGCGGCACCGCUUUGGAGUAUCAUCUUUUGCUCGAGGCUAUCGAUCUUCUUAACAAGUUGCAUAUCACGAUGGAAGAGCAUGAACACGUUUUACAGAGUCUCGUUUCUGAUAGGAAUGCUCGCUACCUUCAAGUUUCCGUGCAGCCGCUCAUGACUGUCGGCGAAACGGCGAGGGCUGCUGAUGCGGAGCGGAGGUUCUGGAUUGACGAGCAGGAGAGACAACUCAGAGGCAAGUUGGAGGGCGUCAAGAGGGCGAAGGAGCAUGCCAAGGCUGUUGAGCGAGUAGUCUCGGAGCUCGUUGGAGGCUUGAGGAAUAGGUUUAAGGAUGUUGUUGAGGCAAUUUACGCGGUUAUAUUCCAAUUCCGUAAGCAUCUCUUUCUAAUAUUUGUAGUAGUCUACAAAGCUAAUAUUUUCAGCUCCCGGUGUCCUUCCGCAACUAUUCCGCCGCUUCUUCGAUAGUAACCCUGGCCCCGGCACGGUUCGCUCGCAACCGAGCUCCCAGCACCCUGGCUCAGAGUCUUCCUCACCUGCUUCUUCCUUCUAUACAAUCCCUAAGGAGGUUAUUCAGAUGAUGGCGGAUUCGAUCCAGACGCUCGGCGAAAUAGUUGGCUUAAUAAAACUCGCAAUGGACUUUCAGAACGCGCCGCAGAUUCGUGUUUGCGAGGCUACGACUUCGCUACAAGUCGCCGAAGACCAUGCUCGCAACAACGGCCUUACCGCGCCCGCGGCCUUUGCGGCAGCCUGCUCCCAAGGGCUUGCCAUUCGUCUCCCGGCGGCAUUGAAACGCGUCCGCGAAGAGCAAGUCGAAAUCGGCGAGAAGGGUAUGGGCGAAAUGAUGGAGGCUCUUCGGAAACUUCAAAACUUCCUCAACACUGUUUCAACUGAGGGUGGCCGGUUAAGCUUAGCCGGGGUCGGUGCGCAACCGCCACCACCCCCGCCGCCGAUGGUCCAACAGCCGCAGCAGCAAUGGCCUAACGAUCCAGGUCUUGAGCAGCAAUCACACCAGGGCAGCCUUCCCAGUGGCGACGAGUGGGGAUAUAGGGGUCAGGUAGGGCCAAGUGGCGGCGUCCCAAGCCUUAGCAGUAUGAUUGGAAGUUUUCGUGCUGUAUGUCUUUUCCCCUCUUAGACCGUCACUUGAUAGAUGCUGAUUUGUGUGGCGUAAAGAGACCAGGACAGACCAACAGCCUGUUAAUUUCUCCGGGGGGUUACUCGCCUAGCGGGUAUUCCGCGGGUGGGGCUUCGCUAUGGAACAGUCCUUAUUGACUGAAUGAUGAAUAAUGAAUGUACAAGGUGCUGGUUUGAUUGUGGAAUAGAGAAGAUGGAAAUGGCGAAGGGGGGGGAAGAAGAGCGGGGAAGGAGAGGGGAAAGAAAAAAAGGGGUGGUAGUGGUGAUGUUAUCUAAGUUAGUUUAUAAUUCUAAUCUGGUGAUG